UCCAGCUAGAGGUUUCAGAGACCACAAUAUCAGCUCCCACACUCCUCCCCCCACUCCGCCUUCCUGCCCAGCUGGGAAAGGAGCCUCUGUUCUCCCCACUGCUCAGACCCCCCAAAGACUCUGGGGCCAUGGAACAUGUCCCCUUCCUCCUCCUCCUCCUCCUCCUCCGACACGGCCUGUGUGAUGCAGUUUGUGGGGAUGCAGAAGGUAUCCAAGGGGGUGAGGUCGUGUACCCCAAGAUCCGAACCAAUGGCAGCAUCCUGGAGUAUCGCUGCCCCCCGAACAGCUACGCCUACCCUGUGAGCUGGAGGGUCUGUCAGUCUAGCGGGAAGUGGUCACCUCUGAGGAAUGCCUUCGAGUCAGCCCAGAGACCCUCCUGCAUCACCUACACCUGCACUGGCUACAUCACCUUCGAGAACGGGUGGCACCAGCCUCGGCAGAACAAGUACCGGGUCGGGGACACGAUCACCUUCCACUGCCAGCCCGGGCACCGGCUCUUCGGCGCAGCCCGCCGCACCUGCCUGGCCAACGGCGAGUGGAGCGGCCGCACGGCUGUGUGCGACCCCGAGGACUCCCUGUGCCCCUGGCCGGGCAUCCCCCUUGGGGGGCAUCGCCAGGGCCACGUCUUCGAGCCAGGCCGAGCCGUGAGAUUCACCUGCCUCCGGGAGCUGGUGCUGCGGGGCUCUCCCCGCCGCGUCUGCCAGAACUCGGGCCAGUGGUCGGGGGAGGAGCCACGCUGUGAGGGCCGCUACGCCUACGACAACGUGAGCUCUGUGGCCAAGCACCUGGACAUGUCAGAAGAAAUCACGGCGCACGCACGAACAGGCGCCAACAUAUACUUUGUCGUGCACACAUCGGGCAGCGUCGGGGCCGAGAAUGUGAAAAUAAGUGGGGAAUUCAUCAUCGCCGUCAUGGAGCAGGCCACCCGGGUCUCUGACAAAGUCUGGUUCACAGUGGUGGCAUUCGCCAGCUCUGCCCAGCGGGUAUCGGUUCUGACCCAGAGUCCCGCAGAAGUGGAGGCGGCCUGGGAGCAGUUCCAGAACACAAACAGCUUCACCCAGCGAGGCACCAACGUGGGGGGGGCGCUGGGACAGGUUCUGUCCCUGAUCCAGACGGCGCCGCCCAGAACCAGCGCCAGGAAACACAUCGUGGUGCUGAUCACAACCGGGAGACACAAUGUGGGGCUGGACCCAGCCAGGGUGUCAGAGCAAAUCCAGGAGGCCAUCCCCAACCCGGAACAAAACCUGGAUAUCUUCGCUCUGGGGGUCGGGGAUGCCCACAAGGAGCAGAUGGAGCGAAUCGCCACGAAGGAGCCGGGAACCCAAAGAUCCUUCUACCUGCAGAACUACGGAGACCUGGGGGCCCUCACCCAGCUGGUGUGGGGCUUGGGCGAAGGACUCGGCUGUGGGGUGCGGGGCGUGGGGCAGAGCCAGUUCAUCGGGCGGGUUUUCCGUGGGGAGCAGGUGGAGGAGAAGCAGUGGCCCUGGCAGGUGUCUCUGAAGCUCAAAGACCAGAAUCAACACAAUAGGGGAGGGGGCUCGAUCGUAGCCCCCUCCUGGAUCCUGACCGCGGCCCACAACGUCUGGGACGCCGAGGCCGGGCGACCCAUGGCCCCGGAGCAAGUGACUGUGCUUGUAGGGCUGACCACCAUCCAAAAGGAGUCCCUGGGCCUCCCCGUGGGGCAAAUCAUCGUCCACGAGGGGUACAAAGGGUUCUCGGAUUUCAACUUCGACAUCGCGCUGCUCAGCCUCACCCGCCCUCUGGCCUUCACCCCCAAAAUCCGGCCUGUCUGUCUCCCCUGCACCGCGGAGAUGAGCCACAUCCUGGACCUGCCGGCGGCCGGCUGGGAGGAGACGUGCGCGUACCAAGGCGGGAUCCUGACGGGGCACGGCGGGGAGCAGGAGGAGAGAGAAAUCCGGGGCGUCAUCACCGGCUGGGGGAAGAUGGCCAGCCGGCCGCAGGGGACCAGCAAGCUGCAGCAGGCCGAGGUGGUGAUCCAGAGCCGCCCGCGCUGCCAGCAGGCGCUGAAAAAUUUCACCUCCAACAUGUUUUGUGGCGUAGGAGAGAAGGGUCAAGACGCCUGCCAGGGUGACUCCGGGGGACCCUUCGUGGUGAAGCGAAACCAGCACUGGAUACAGGUUGGCAUCGUGAGCCAUGGCUCCACCGAGCAGUGCGACGGGAGCUCCCUCGGGGCUUACACCAGCGUCCCGCGGCUCAUGGGCUGGAUCAGGAAGAAGGUCCCGGAGCUGGGAUUCGAGUGACUCCCCCCCACCGCCCCAACACACGCACCCUCAGGGCCGGGCACCCUUCCCCCGAGAAGGGCUGCCCCCCUUGGGACAUGCUAGAACCCAGGCGUCCGAGCCUGGCACAGCUGGGCCCCCGGCGCCUCACGGUCUUUGUGCCUGGAACUAAUAAAGCUUGUGGGAUCUUUGAAACCA